AUGACCCAGUUUGAAGAAUUGGCUGAAGGAUGUAUCUCCACCAUACUCUCUCGUACAACUCCCGUUGACGCCGGCAGAUUCUCCGUCAUUUCCAAGACAUUUCAUUCUGCUGCCGAUUCCGACGCUGCUCUCUACUUGGCACUAUCCGAUCGCCCUAUCAUCGUCGACAAUGGUCUAAAGAGCUUUCAGUUGGAUAGAAAGAGUGGGAAAAUAUGUUACAUGCUAGGGGCUAGAUCUUUAUCCAUUUGUUGGGUUCAUGAUGAGCGCUAUUGGAAGUGGAUUACUAUGCGUACCUCCAGGUUCCCUGAAGCUGCUAAGCUUCUCAAUGUUUGUUGGCUUGAAAUUUGUGGUACGAUAAACACAAUUGCAUUGUCUCCAAAUACUGAGUAUGCAGCUUAUCUUGUGUUCAAGAUGGUUGACCCCCAUAGAUUUCAGAUCCGUCCCGCAGAGUUAUCAGUUUUUGUGGAAGGUGGACAUAGUAGUACUAAAAAUGUCUGUUUGGAUCCUAAUGUGGAUGAUAGGUCUCACAACAGAGUAGUGGGAUUGCAAUGUCCUAAUGUGAGAAGUGAUGGGUGGUUGGAGAUUGAGAUGGGGGAGUUCUUCAAUUCAGGCAUAGAGAAUGAAGAAGUCCAUAUGAAGGUUUUGGAGAAAGGUGCUUAUUGGAAGAGAGGUUUAAUUGUUGAAGGAAUAGAAAUUAGGCCUAAGUAA